CCCUCUUGUGUAUUGUAUAUGUGUUUUGUCUGAAAAUGAAUUGGAUCUUGAAUCCACCUUUGAAUGAGCUUCACCCAAGUUGCGUGGAAGAUUUAUGUGAGAUUCUAAAACAAGUCAGGGAGAAUGGAUCUUCGAUUCGUGUGUCUUGUGGAUCAUUUCCAUUUCGCCCCUUGAAAGAUGAUAUAGUGGUGAACUUAGGCCGCAUGGACAAGCUCCUGGGGCUAGACAUUCAGGAAAAGAGAGUAACUGUGGAGCCCGGCAUGAAGUUAUCUGCUCUUUUCAAAAUACUAGAGACCGUAUCUUUAUCCCUGGAUAUGGUUGGACGGGUACCCGAUUUGACAAUUGGCGAUGCGUUAGCCAUAGGCUUAAGUGGUGUUCAAAGUGGGGGCACCACAAACUUGAUAGCUUGUGAGGUCUUGAAAGGAAGCGGCAAGAGAGUGAAAUGGAAUUGGGAACGAAAUCCAAAUGAGCUGAAAUCCUUAUGUUCUGGCCUUGGAAAUAUCGCUAUACCCAUUUCUAUUUCUCUUCAAUGCAUCCAAUUGCAAUGCUACGUGGAAGCAAGCUACUUGUACCCUAUUAGCCAAAUCCUUGGUCAAUGGAAAAUUCUGACCAAAGACUCGAUGAGGCAACAAUUGUUCUGGUUCCCAUUAUCUGACUUGGCCGUGCUAACUCAUAUAAGUUCGGCGCCCAAGUAUCAAACGCCCGAGCAACCAAUGUUAUGCUACGUUAGUGAGAAAUUGGGCGAAAUUCUUUUGCGAUUAUUGCACCACUUAUCUUCCGUCAUUUGCCAACAAAUUCCAAUUCUCUCAACAAUAUUUGCUCGACUUCAAUUCUUCUUAUCGUGGACCGUGUCAAAAAACCGUUCUGACUUCUUGCACUCGUUGCCUCGAAUGUGGGCUGCAAGUGAAGCCACUCGUGGAUCGUUGUGGUUGUUACCAAUUGAGCAAGUGCCCAAAGUCUUGCGGAUGGUUUCAAAAUGGGCCAAAGCUACUCCUCAUGCUUGCUCAGGGCCCUUAUUUCUGCAAUCGGUUUCGAUGGAAGGAAUCAGCCCAAGGGAAAGCGUACCCUUCAUUGCUCCAUAUUUGGAUGAACCAUCUUGUGCCAUGUGGUAUGAUUGGUUCCUGUCAGAAAAGGCUCCCAAUCCAAUUCAAGUUGCCGAAUUUGAGUCCAUCUUUCACGAGGCCGGGGGAAUGAGAUGUUGGUCAGCAGACCGAAUUAUUUCUCCAUUAGUGCUGACUGACAUGUUUCCAAAUUAUAAUCGGUGGUGCAAUGUCAAAGCCCAAAUCGACAAGUAUAACUUUGUUCAAGGCGCUUACAUUCAUGGAACAGUUUAUUCUAGAUCUGGGUUUACGGACAUUUCAGAAUCUACUUUGAGUUUGUGUAGUUCGCUUUGUGAAUAAAGUUUACUUCAUCUUUCAUGAAAAAGAAAUAGAUAACCCCCAAGCUAGUGUUGAUGAAUGACUUCCGAUA